CUUUUCUUUGUUUCUCUGUAGGAUCCUCAGUCUUCCACAAUGAACCCUGUUUAUAGCCCCGUGCAGCCUGGGGCUCCCUAUGGCAACCCUAAGAACAUGGCUUACACAGGUUAUCCCACAGCCUACCCGGCAGCUGCCCCUGCCUACAAUCCCAGCCUGUACCCCACCAAUAGCCCCAGUUACGCCCCAGAGUUUCAGUUCCUGCAUUCAGCUUAUGGAUAUCAUGAAGCAACUCUGCUGAUGAAACAGGCCUGGCCACAGAACUCGUCUUCCUGUGGCACUGAAGGCACCUUCCACCUCCCAGUGGACACCGGGACCGAGAACCGAACUUACCAAGCAUCCUCUGCGGCUUUCAGAUAUACUGCGGGGACACCAUACAAGGUCCCACCGACCCAGAGUAAUACUGCUCCACCCCCCUACUCCCCAUCACCCAAUCCCUAUCAGACGGCCAUGUAUCCCAUCAGAAGUGCCUACCCUCAGCAGAAUCUGUAUGCCCAGGGAGCCUACUACACGCAGCCGGUGUAUGCUGCCCAGCCCCAUGUCAUCCACCACACCACGGUCGUCCAGCCCAACAGCAUUCCCUCUGCCAUCUACCCAGCACCUGUAGCUGCCCCCAGGACCAACGGCGUGGCCAUGGGCAUGGUGGCCGGCACUACUAUGGCGAUGUCAGCAGGUACCCUGCUGACUGCUCCGCAGCACACCGCGAUUGGGGCACACCCUGUCUCCAUGCCAACAUACAGGGCCCAAGGGACCCCUGCGUACAGCUAUGUGCCACCACACUGGUAAAGCCUGCAGCCCAUCCAAAUCUGGAGUCACACAUUGUAUGCAACUACUCAAGUCUUACACAGGUGCUGGAGCAGUUCCCUGGCAGCACCACCUCUAUUUGCAAGAAGAGACAACGGAAGUGCAAGGGUCACUUUAUGCAUCUUUAGCGGUUUUGAUUUUUAUUUUUGGUUUAUGUAAAAGCUGCUUUUUCUAAUCUGCCUCUCCCCACUGUCCUUCUCUUAGCCACUGCCCUUCCAGCUCUACCCCUCCUUCUAACUGACCAGGCACUUCCUCUCUGCUCUUCUUUCCUUCCCCAAGCGUCCAUUCCCCGGGGAUCCCAGUCUAGUGGCAGGUAGAGAGUGGGGUUUAUGGCAGUGGUUCAGCUCAAGGCAUGAUUUCUUUUGAAGAGCAUAACAGAUGUAGCCCUUGGGUCUAGGGUGGGAACUCAGAGCUGUUGAGCAUACUACAUCUUUGGGGGAUUGUUUACUUUAUUUAUCUCAAGCAAGAUUAGUUUAGGACAUUACCAUGUCCUGACAGAAAUGAAAUGUCUUCUGAGAACCAUUGCAACAAACCAAGAACAAAACCCCCUGAUUAGGUAGGAGUGUUCAUAACAGCUUAAUAUCCCAGGUGAGAACCUGGGGAAACCAGAUUCUUUCUUUGGGAGAACUUGGGGGCGGGGGGAGCACUGUGGGAGGGGAGAGGGAGAGAGGUGCUUGCCUGCUGGCUGCGGUUUGUAAGGUCUCUGGCCAGAUUGCCUGGGCCUAGACCCUCUGAUUUGCACAGUAAUGUAAACUGACCUGGCACUUCCUCAGAAGGUUAUUUUGACCCCAGACCUGCCAAGCAGCUGCAGGGUGGUGGGAUCCCAGCCUCCCAAAGCCUUGAAAGGCCAGGUGCCCUAUGUAAUCCAGACCUUGGCCUCAAGGAACCACUCUAAUGAGGAGCCACCUCCUGAUUAGAGUGGAAACCUAUGGCAUUUCUCUCCCUUCCUUCUGCCCUUCCCAGUGCCAGGGCUCACCCAUCUGUCCAUGGGGUUGGCAGGCAGGCCAGGCUCUUGGUACCUUUUGCCACUCAUGGCCAAAGUAGAGGAACCACAUUCCAGAUGGGUGCUGGCAGCUCUGAAGGUCAGAAUAGUGAAGGAAAAGCAAUAGCAAUAAACAUUUCAUAGACUCAUGGAACUGAAGGGACCUUAGCAAUCAUCUCAUCCAUUCCCCUAUUUGAUAGAUGAGGAAGCUGAGGCCUGGAGAAGAGGAAAGGACUUCCCUAGAUCUUGCAGUAAAUUAGCAUUAAAUGCAGCCUUCCUACCUAGGGGCAUAUUGCCCACAAAAUUUUAGCUAGGGAUGGACUAGCUUGGUUUUGUAAAAAUUAAGUCAGCAGUGCCCACAUCUGGUGAGCUCUGGAACAGUAUCUGUCUGGGUUUUAGUUUCUGUUCUUUUCCUCCAUGGACUCCAAAGGCAGGGGGGAAGACUGGGGAGAGGUUACAUGGGGGGCAGAUGGCAGGAACAGAAAUUGCAAAUGAAGAAACAGCAUUUGGAAAUUCUGUGAAGACAUCUGGAACUUUUGUCCCAUACCUGACUCCACCCCUAAGAGACAAGCAGGUGGGCUGUCCGAAAAGGAGCGUUUGUGCUUUUAGGACAGUAGCCCCUUAUCCUGAGAGGAGGGGAGGACAGAGAUGAGGCCCAGGGGACCUGGGAUCUCCUGGGAGAAGAGGAGUCCCUGGGUCAGGAGGCCCUGCUAGUUUCAGCCAGGAGCCUGGUUUGCCACCUGCACCUAGCACUUGGCUGGGCCAGCAGCCCCUCUAAUGGGGGCAGGGACAUUUUACUGUACAAAGUGGGAUCAUUGAUGAAAUUUGGGACUUUUAAAUAACUUUUUCAAUUUAAAUUCAUGCAAACUUAGACAUAUCCCUACCCCUACCUCCCAUAACUCCCUAAAGGAGGAAAAAACCAGGAACCCUUGGGCCAGAAGGACCUCAGAGGCUGUCUGGCCAUUUCCCGGAGGGCGAAGCCCAUCAGCAUCCUCAGCCCAGAGCCAGGAGUUGCGGCCACCUUGGCCUUCCAGGGACCUGUAGGACCAGUAAGGAGAAAUCCAGCUGUUCUGAAUGAUCUGUCCUGGGGUGCUGAAGAAGUUUUAUUUUGAAACAACAAAGUUUCCCAGUGUUAAUCCAUUUUUUUCAAAUACCUCCUCUCUGGUUUGGUAAGGGUGGGUGAAGAUUGUUUUACAUUAUGUCAUACAUGUUUGGAAAAUGCCAAAAUAAUAACAAUAAUAAUAACAGGAAACCUUUGCAUUUGUCAGGUGCUUCAUAGAUUUCAGAGCACGUCACAACCCUUAAUUUACUGGCCCCGAGACAGAGAGACAGGGUCAGAGUUGUUAUACCUACUUGACAAACAAGGAAACUGGUUCUGGAAGGAAAGGGAACUUGCCCAAAGUGAGCAGAAUGCUGCUAUCCUGACAGGCUUCCCAAACCCUGCUGCGUCUAGAUGGGCUGGAGUAGAACCACAGAGAGGAAGGGAAAAAGAGGAGCCUUAGGAAUGACUUUGUUACUUUUGUUCUUUCUGCACCAGUAAGUAAAAACUAACGUCUAGUACCUUGCAGUUCACAAAGCAAUUUCACAUCCAUCCAUCUGAUUUAACCCUAUGAAAUAGAUUCUCCCUCCCAUUUGACUUAUGAGGAAACUGAAACUUGGAAAAGUGAAGUGACUUGUCUGUCUGCUGUCUCUUUCCCUCCAGUCUGACUCCAUGCACAGGCUUGCAGACCAAAGUAUCUAUGCUCUGCACCAUCUCUUAAGCCCUUGUAUGUAAUUCAAGAUCAAAGACAGGCCCUGAGGCAUGAACAAGGCACAGAAAGGGUGUGGUCUGGAAGAACCCAGGCCCAGCACCCCUUUUACAGUAUGAGUGUUGGAGCCCCAGUUCAGCUGGCCUCACUUGCUUUCUUUGAUGGAGAUCCACAAGCCUGGCGAGGCUUGGGGAGUCACUGCAAAGAGACUGAGCCAGGAGAGCAGGGGCAGCAAUAUGCUUUUAGUAGGAGGAACACACCUGGUAGGCUCACAGGUGUCUGUCAGGAGGUACUAUGGGCAUCAUCCAAGGCUACUAGGUGGCCCAGUAGUCAGAGCUGGGAGGGCCCUGUCAUUGUAGGAAGGCCAGCAAGCGAGAGAAGACGGGAUGUGCCAAUGUGACAGUAAGCUGCAGUGCUGGCACCACGUGCAAACCCCUUUCCACCCCCUCCACUGCCUCUCCCCAGUACCAUAGCUUGGCCAGCGUUAAGGGUCUAUAGGUGGUUCUAGUCACCAGCCAACCCUCUUCACUGCCCCCCCAACUUCUAUUUGACUCCCUCUUAUUAGCCUGGGGCCUAGGAAGCUGGAGUGCCCCCAAGUGGUGAGAGCCUGAAACAAUCUGCUACAUUUUGAAAAAAAAAUUUUUAAAUGUCUUCCCCAUGAGACAGGACAGUUGCUGCUGCUCCUCUCUCUCCUAGCAAUGACCCUAAAGUGAUAUUCCCUUCCCUGAAUAUUUAACAAGGACACACACCUGUCUAGAGUGUUUUCAUGUACAAAGUACUUUGACAUUAAUUGCCAAAAUACCCAUUUUAAAACUAAGUCUCAGAGGCUUAAGAGACUUGCCAAAGGUCACAGAGCUCAUAAGAGAGCCAAGAUAUGAACUCUUUCGAUCCUCUGCUUUCUGCCGGCACUGGCUGGGUCUGAGUGGCAGGCAAGAGGAAGGGAUGGGCUGCUGGGCUGCCCCAUGGGCGAGGACCAGGACCUAGAGAUAGUACACAGUCCUUCCUCCGUAUCCCAGCUCUUACCUCUGGCCCCCCAAGUUGUUCCAAGUCUGAGGUGUCUCACUUCUAGAGGUCUGGAAUGCUUCUUUGGAGGGGCUGGCUUCAUUCUACGUGGCCUUCGGAAGUGAGUCGUGGGGCAUAACGUAGGACAGGCCUCUUGGUCACCGAGUUCUGGUGUCAUCAUGCAGACAGGACUUGGUCUGUCUUAGCGAGGCACUGGCUUGGCCAGGCCUGGAGCCCUGCAUGUCAGAUUCCUCAGCUCUGCUCCAUGCCAGAGAGGGAGGGCCCAGAAGGCAUGGGUCUUGGUCACAGCACUCUGACUAGACUCAUCAUUUAGAUAUCACCAUGCAUUUCUCCUCGAUUGCACUUGAAAGUGUGUAGCAGUUUCGCUUUUCCACCCUGCAUUCUACCACAUCACUACAGGGUAUGUGGUGCCCAGCUGCAUGCCAAGCUUGGAUAUCCAGAGGGUCAGGUGUGGUGGUGGAGUGGGUAGGCGGGAAGCAGGCUCCAGGCUGCUAUAUAGCCCUAGGGGAAUCCAGGCCCCACGCACCUGGGGAAGCAGGAUCACAGUAGAGGAAACUCAGCCAGGCUAACAUCAGACUCUACCCCUGAGCCUCUGAGCUCAGGCUCCUAUGGCCAGCCAGACUGGCUGUAGGAUCUGUCCUUUACCUGUCCAUGUUCCCCUCUCCUAGAUAACUCAUUUCUGAAAUGUCUGGCAGGCCAGCUUCAACAUUCCAUAGUCAACCUUGCCUGAACCAGAUUCGGGUCCCACUCACUCAAUUUCUUCAGUGGUUAUUCUCUAUCGUGCAUGCUGUUGAGUCCAGCCCAGUGGCCAAGUGAGAAACAACAGGAGUUAGGACAGGCUGUCACAAAGCCUGAAAGGGAAAUGAGCUCUUUCCAGCAGCUGCAUCCAUAGCCCUUCGGCUCCUUGUGUGUCAAUGAGACCCUGUACCCAUUCCAGCUCCUGGUAGAGGGGUAUUUUCCUUUCCGGAGAGAAUAGAUAAAACAGCUUUGCAGAUAAGUACCAGCCCAUGGGAGUCGAAUGGGUGAAAUCAUCUUUGAGCCUGACCCCAGCAAGACCAGCACCUCCAGGCUCCAGCCUGAGAAUCGGAAAGAGUGGGACUGCCCAGAGACCACCUUCUCGGGUCAGCCAGAUUGUCUGGAUCUAGGAUGGAUGGGACUCAAGCUUCUCCUCACCAGGGGGAGGUAAGACCAGGCCUCUAGCGACUUGGAGUUGUCUGUAAUUACCUUUAAAGGCCCAGGGGCCUGUCCCCAUCUCCUGUUUCAUAUCACCUGUUCUCAUGGCAUGUAACAUCCCUGUGAGAGUGUUGUAUAUGAUUUUGUAUUUUUUAAUUCAUUUUAAUCUACCAGUUAGAAUCUAAUUUUUAAAUUUUAUUGGAAUUCACAUUUUAAAAGGAAAAACAUUUAAAAUAAUAAUAAUAAACCUUCGACCAGUGUCUUCCAAGUAGUUUGAUCAAAGAACUUAUAGGUGUUUUCAAAACACAACCUGGAGUGCAAAGAUUGGAAAGCCCCGUGGCCUCGCUUGUGUAUAUGACGUGUAAAUCUGGUUUUGUUUUGAUGUUUUGGAUUCUUUUGGGUUUUUGUUUCGUUUUGUUUUGAAGAUCAGAUAGUGAUCAUUCUGAAAGAUUGAAGCCAAGAAUUUGUAACUAUGAUAUUUACUGUAAGCUGUAGAACAUUCAAUAACUAUUAAAAAAAAGUUUCCAAAAAAAAAAA